AUGACUACGACCACAGUGAGGCGUCGCACAGACGAUGAUCUCGACACAUGUGUAGACGUCCUGCAGCGUGUCUACGAUGCUGAUGGCUAUCCGGUGCAAGGCAUGGACAAUGCUCAGGACUUCCUAAGUAAGGGCUUCAUCCAAGAAGCUUGGGUCGCUGUUCACGGAGACAAAAUCAUCGGCCACGUCUCAGUUAGCAAACCAGACGAUAGCGAUGUAUAUGUGGCUCUUUGGCGAAAACUCCACCCGGACCAUACUGGGAUCGCUGUUCUAGGGAGACUCUUUGUCGACCCAAGACAGAGAGGUGGCGGUACCGCGACAUUGCUGCUUCAAGCUGCAGAAACUUGGAGCCAGCAAACAGGUGUUCGUCUGGUUAUGUUCGCUCUGGACAAAGAUCAAGGUGCCAUGCGACUCUACAGAAAACAACUUUGGAUCGAGUUCGGGACCGCGCCCUACCAUUAUGGCGAGGGCAAAGAAAUGCCUGCAGUAUGUUUCGCCAGUCGGAUCCGUGUCUGA